UCAUCUCCUACGUCAAACAAACCAAAAUGCAUGCUAACGACCGCAUACCCGUUCACCAUGUCCCGGGUCCGAAACCGAAACCCGUAAAGCGGCACCACUCCGCCCGGUACUACGUCCAGCGGGUCCAUGAUAGCCUCACAACCCGUGUGUCCAAGAUAAUUUGCGCCACCUUCUUGGGCCUACUCGCCAUUGUGGGCCUAAUCGCUUUCAUCCUCUGGCUCAGCCUCCGGCCCCACCGGCCCAGGUUCCAUAUCCACGAAUUCAACAUGCCGGGUCUGACCCAAGAAUCCGGGAUCGAAAAUGCCCGGAUAACCUUCAACGUAACCGCCCGAAACUCCAAUCAGAACAUCGGGGUUUACUAUGAGUCAAUGGACGGGGCGGUUUAUUACCGGGACCAGAAAAUCGGGUCGGAGCCGUUACUUUCCCCGUUUUAUCAAGGGCCUAAGAACACGACGGAAGUGGACGGUGAUCUUAGUGGGGCUACGUUGACCGUUAGUAGCCAGCGUUGGUCGGAGUUCCAGAGCGAUAGGGCUGACGGUAUGGUUGUGUUCCGCUUGGAGUUGACGUCAGUGAUCAGAUUCAAGAUCACGACGUGGCACAGCAAGCGCCACACGAUGCACGCUAACUGUGAUGUGGGCGUGGGACCCGAUGGUUCCCUCUUGCUCAAUUACAAGGAGAAGAGGUGCCCCGUUUAUUUCUCUUGA